CAAAGAACAAGCUUCCGGCAUUUGUUCGUAAGAAUUUUUUAUAUGUAAUGUUGUUGCAAUGCGUAUGCGACCUUCCAUACGAAAGAGCUAUCCUGUCUGCUGGACAAGUGAAAAUACCUCAUAUAAAACAAAGGUGACAGUGAGCACACACGCCUGCUGGACAAGUGAAAAUACCUCAUAUAUAACGAAGGUGACAGUGGGCACACACGUGGUUUUCACCUCACGUCAGCGAGCAGCGAUAUCGGUAGUGGUAAUGAUUUUCAUGGUAAGACGAGCAAAGAGAAACGCAUCGCUGUUGUCUCAAGCGACUCAGCAAGAUCGUGUGCAGAUUUGCUAUUAAGACAUGGAACAGAGAAAACUAAAGAAAUGUCAAAAAUGAUUGUGAUGCGCUUAUAGAAGAUUGAAAUGAUGCGCCUAUAUUUAUAGAUAAGAUCAAGAUUCCUUUAAGUUUGCAGAUCGCCAGCUUCGGUGAAAAACGUUUCGAAUAGUAAAACAACCACAAACUUACUACCACCCCCAGACGUCAUCUCUAAUACGAGGCGAAUUUGGCGGAGGAUCGAAGACAGAUGGAAAUCGCACCGCUACACCUGCUG